ACUCGUCACACUGGAGGUUGUGUUAGUCAGUCAGUUUUUGUACUUAAAAUGAACUUCUUGCAAAAAACGAUUACCAAAUGCUAUUCGAGCCGAUCCUUUUCGUUGAAACAACGAAACAAUGUCGAUAAAAUGACAAAUUUAUUGUUUGGCAAAUAUCUGUUAGCUACCAAUACAUUGAGUUCGGGUUUGCUUAUGGUUGUUGGCGAUUUAAUUUCGCAGGAAAUUGAAUUUCGAACAGGUACCUUAACCGAGCGAUACAACUGGAAACGAUCAGGGAACAUGUUUAUUGUUGGAGCAGUAAGAGGACCGUUGCUCCAUUACUUCUAUGGUUGGUUGGACAAAACGAUAAAAGUGGUUACUUUACCGAAUGUAACAAAGAAAAUUAUUCUCGAUCAAACCAUUAUGUCACCAAUCACCAUACUAGCGUUUUUCUAUCCCGCCGGAUGGCUUGAAGGACAGAGUACGGGGACGAUUAACAGUGAAUUAAAGGAUAAAAUUACAAAGACUUAUGCGAUGGACUGGUGCGUUUGGCCUCCAGCACAAUUUUUAAAUUUUUACUAUAUUGAUCCGAAAUUUCGUGUGAUUUAUGUGAAUUUCGUGACCAUAGUGUAUAACAUUUGUCUGUCUUAUAUAAAGUAUGAGACCUAAUAGAAGUUAAGCGAGAAUGUGGUUUCAUUGCUAUUGAGUUAUUACGAUUAACGAAUUACAACUGAUGGAUUGGUCAAUACCUUU